UUUGUUCGAUGCGGACGUCUGCUUGGAGUAGCCAUAACGUAUCAUAUACGAUGUAAUAUCAUACGACGUACUGUUAAAUGAAUUAUGAAAGAAUUUCCAGUGUGCAGUGAAGUGAAAAUAUUACAUGUGUUUUUGAACGAAUACAAUCAGUGUAUCUUUCUUAUCUUAACGAAUGACGAUGAUAAAUUAAGUUUUUUUUUUUUUUUAUGAUAUAAUUUUUAAUUAAUACUGUACAAGUGUGUUUUUAGUUUGAAGUGGUUAUGAACGAAAUACGUUUUAUUGGAAUUACGUGUAACUUACAAACAGAAUGUAAUGGAUGGAUUAUUUGAAAACGAAUAUAGUCGGAAAUGUUCGUCAGCACUCGAGGGCGCUAAUGAAGCAAUCCGCCAACGGGAUAUUGGAGUAGCAGUCGUUGGAAGCGUCUCUAAAGUGCAAUAAAACAAUUCGCCUCUACCGCAGCAACUAAACGAGCUAAUACAAACUGUAUCGACCAGCACAAAAGAUACACUUUCCAAGUUACUAACAAUCCAAUGGCUCCAUUUGAAAUCGAAAAGAAAGUCCACACAAUAUGUCAAUUAAAACCUAUUCUGGAUUGUAAUCAAGCGCGCCAAUACACAAGCAAAAAAUUACACGACGAGGUCGUAUUCCAGACUUGACUGCGUCAGCCGCUUCUAUGACCGCUAUACACAACGAAAUCAAUGUAUGGUAACGCCAGGAAAACGAGAUUAAACGUCACCCAGCCAAGGGUUUCGUAUGGCGACUUCAAAUAAUAAAUCCCACUCACUGCCUAGCUUUAUCGCUUUACCUUCGAGCCUUCUCAUACUGGUGUUCAUAGUUCUUUUGCAAAACAACGUUGCGGCCACAUCUGAUUUCACAGAAACAUCCCCGGAAUACGAUUACAUAUUGACCAAUAACUCGACCCUGAACUGGACGUUUUUCGAAGGAAACGCCAGUCACAAGCCCGUGCACAUAAAACAUUCAAAAUACUCCGCCCCCGUUUCAAUUUUCUUAUCAUUAUUGUUUUUGGUCGUGAUAGUUGGAACGAUUGUUGGUAACAUUCUCGUUUGUGUGGCCGUUCGACUGGUCAGAAAAUUGAGGAGGCCGAGUAAUUAUUUAAUAGUAUCACUGGCGGUCAGUGAUCUGUGUGUCGCAAUCAUAGUCAUGCCAGUAGCCACUGUAUACGAUAUAAUGGGAUCUUGGCCCUUUGGACCCGUAAUUUGCGACUUUUGGGUAUCGAGUGAUGUUUUGUCGUGCACCGCAAGCAUCCUGAACCUCUGCAUGAUCUCAGUGGAUCGAUAUUACGCGAUUACGAAACCAUUAGAAUACGGCGUGAAGAGGACACCGAGGAGGAUGCUAUUUUGUGUUUUCAUAGUAUGGAUAAGUGCAGCUUUCAUUUCUUUACCACCAGUUUUAAUACUAGGCAACGAGAAGACUGAGACCUCGUGUUCUGUUUCCCAAAAUCAGUAUUACCAAGUUUAUGCUACGUUAGGAUCCUUCUAUAUCCCGUUGACUGUUAUGGUAAUUGUGUAUUACAAAAUAUUCAGAGCGGCAAGAAAAAUAGUGAAAGAUGAGAAACGUGCUCAAUCGCAUUUAGAAGCGCAUUGCUAUCUCGAGAUUAACGUUAAGAAUGGAGGAGCGACCGAAGCGAAACUUCUCGGCGCCCAGACCACGACUCAACCGCCAAGAGGAUCUACAGCCAGCACUAACACAACUUGCAGCGUUGAGAAAACCGAAAGCGGGAUUGGACGGUGCUUUAGUGGCCAGCGGAAAUCAAACGAAUCCCAGUAUCCGAUGCUUAACCAACCAAAGACCCCAACUAAACCUAUUCACACUAUAAAUCGAUCUCCAUCUACACUAACACCAAACAACAAGCUAUUAGUUAAAGAACGAAGUCGCGAGUCGUCGGAGAGCAGUAACAAAAUAAAUACAAACAGAAUUCGCUCAUCCCUCUCUAAUUUUGCUCAAAAAAGUCAUAAAGCCAAAGAUAUGUUCCAAACGCAGUCGCCGCAUCAAAAGAAGCUGCGGUUUCAACUGGCGAAAGAGCGGAAAGCCUCCACGACCCUCGGGAUUAUUAUGUCAGCGUUUAUAGUUUGCUGGUUACCGUUUUUCGUGCUGGCCUUACUCAGGCCGUUCCUGAACGAGGACGCUAUCCCGGAUGCAGUGAGCGCUCUAUUCCUCUGGCUGGGCUAUUUAAACAGCCUACUCAACCCAAUCAUUUACGCGACAUUAAACAGGGACUUUCGGAAGCCUUUCCAAGAGAUUCUGUUCUUCCGGUGCUCGAACCUGAACCACAUGAUGCGCGAGGAGUUCUACCACAGCCAGUACGGAGAUCCGGACCAUUACUGUGUAAACAACACGACCAAGCUUAAUAACUACGACGAAGGAGUCGAAAUAGUUUCGGCUGUCGACAGAGAGGAGACAAGAGCAUCAGAGAGCUUUCUAUGAUUGUCAAUACCGGAGGUCCAAACUCGAGACCUGGAUACUGUGAUCUAAUAAAGACUAAUCGAGUUUUUUUUAAAGUGUAACGUCAUUUAACCUGUGUUAUCGUUUCUUUAAGGUUUUUUUGAAAUAAUCGUUUAUUAUAAAAGGCUGUUUAAAUACGACUAGUCGUGACUUGUAAAUAUGUACCCUCUGGAACAUUCGUUUCUCUUGUCACAUACAAAUUCGUGUGGUACACGAUGUACAGGUGUAUUCGUAAUUAUAAGCAUUCUGUAGAUAUCGUAGGUAAUUAGCAUAAUUAAUUUAUUAAAGUUUCGUAAUUGACCAAAGAGGUAAAUUUAAUUUACGCGAACUAAGUGUCGUAAGUAAAAUAUAAGCUGUUGUGAAUUUAAUAAUGUUUUAAUUAUUUUAAUUUGUUUUUGAAUAAUUCUAAUUUAUGUAUUGACAUUUGGAAUUCGUGGUCGCGAUAGUUAAUUCUUGUGAUAAUAGUAAUAGCGGGUACGUUAUUAGUACUGCACAAUAAUUUUGUACGAUACUUGAAUGUUCUAUCCCACGUAAAGAUGAAUUUAAAAAUACCAAAUAUAGUUACGGAAUAUAUGCAUUCGCAAUACUGUUUGUUCUUUUGUAAUCUUGUAAGUAAAUGUAUGAAAUAUGAAUAAGCUGCAAAUAUUUCAUUUUGAAAUAUGGAAAUGAAAAAUUUUAAAAUUUCGUAAUAGGCCAGACUUAAAAUAAAGUACACGGAUUCGGUAUUUAAUGAAGUGUAAAUAAUGUUUAGUUGUAAUUUAGUUCAAAUAAAUAAUAUGAACCUAGAUUUAAUGUAGACAUAGUGAUUCGCAGUAACUGUGUGGGGAAACUACGCUUGGAAAAAAAAAUGUUUGGAAAUUUUAAUUGAUGUUUUUAUUCAAAUAAAUAAUAUAAUAAUAGAUAUACCAGUUCUCUUGUUGUAGUUUCUUUCCAGUUGUGAAUAUGAUUGUUGUGGGUAGUUUCUUAAUGUGUAAUUUUAGCCCAAUUUAGUAAUUUUGAAUCGUAUUACAAAUUAUUUUCAGUCCGUAACUGAUCCUUCUAAGCAUGACCAAAUUGAUAAAUUUAUUUAACGCAUUAAAAGACCCGCCACGCUUGGCAAUCAAAUUGAAAUAUACUUUAGCAGAAUAUUGCAAACAUACCCAAUAGAGAUUGCCAGCAGGAAAAAAACGGAGACGCUGUUUGCACAAAUGAUACACAUGAAAAUUUACAUAUUAAUAUGAAAUUAAAUAAAAAAAAGUCUUCGGCCAAAAAAAA